GUGAUUGGGGCUGCAUCCAGUCUCGUGUCUGUCGGUGGGAACGCCGAACUCUCCAGGAACGCACACGGGAAGACCAAACUCUAUUCUCACCCUCCGUUGGAUGCACUGGCAUCAUGGGUGCAGGCCAGUCUUCUGGCAAGGAUGGGGGCGGCGGCGGUGGCAGCGAGCAGGUGGUCAAGACGAGUUACUACGAACUGCUGGAUGUGCAUCGCCAGGCGACGGAGGAGGAGAUCAAAAAGGCCUAUCGCCGCAAAGCCCUCGAACUCCAUCCCGAUCGCAACUACGGUCGAGAAGAACAGGCCACGUCCACCUUCGCCGAGAUCCAGGCUGCCUACGAGGUCCUCUCCGACCCGCAGGAGCGCGCGUGGUACGACAGUCAUGAAAGCGCUAUCCUGCGCGGCGAUGACGCUGCGGCCGGCGGCGCGGACGAUGCUCCCACCUACCAGAAUGUGAAGCUCACCACCGCCGACGACCUGGCGCGCUUGGUCCGCAAGUUUAAUUCCAACGUCGAGUUCACCGACUCCCCGUCCGGCUUCUUUGGCUUCCUUCGCGAGACUUUCGAUCAUCUGGCACGGGAAGAGGAGGUUGCUGCGGAUUGGGACAAUCUAGAAGUGCCCGACUAUCCUACCUUCGGCCACAAAGACGACGAAUACGAUGAUGUCGUGAAAAGAUUCUACUCCGCUUGGCUGAACUUCUCAACGAUCAAGAGCUUCGCGUGGAAAGACAAGUACCGGCUCUCGGAAGCGCCUGAUCGAUGGUACCGUCGGCGCAUGGAGCAAGAGAACAAAGCUUGUCGGAAGGAAGGCAUUCGGGAGUUCAACGACGCCGUCAGAUCUUUCGUGGCGUUCGUCAGAAAGCGAGAUCCCCGCUAUGUGCCCUCCACCCAAUCCGAGGCGGAGAGACAGAAGAUUCUGCGCGAUGCUGCUGCCUCCCAGGCUGCCCGCGCUCGAGCCGCCAAUCAAGAGAAGAUGAAUCAGGAAGUCCCGGAGUGGACUAAAACGCGGGAUGCGGAGGAAUUGGAGGAGAGCGAGGAGGAGGAAGUCGUGGAGGAGAUAUUAGAGUGCGUGGCGUGCAACAAGACCUUCAAAAGCGAGAAGCAAUACGAGGCUCAUGAGAGGAGCAAGAAGCAUCAGAAGGCCAUAUACGCUUUGCGGAAGAAGAUGCGGAAGGAGAAUGCCCACUUGGAUCUGGAUGAUAGCCAGAUGAGCAGCGGUUUUGCGACCCCGGAUGUGGAGGAGGAGGUGGUGGAAGAGGAAGAGGUGUUGGAUGAUGUGGCUGCUGAGGUCGAAGACCACGAAGCGGCGACAAAUGGCCAUGCGCAGGAGGUAGAGGACGCUUCGGAAGCAGUGAGCGCUGAUGAGCCGCCACUCUCGCAAGAAGACACGCAAACACCAAAGGCGGAGUCAGAACACUCGGCAUCAGACGAAGCCUCUGAAGAUUCCGACUACGCAUCUCCAGAAACCAUCCGCUCCCGCCUGGCAGCCACGACCCUCGACACCCCCCAGUCUACGACACCAGAUAACGACGACGACGAUGAAGAGACCGGUCCCCAAUCAACGCAGCCCAAAAUGGGCAAAGCAGCGCAGAAGCGAGCCAAAAGAGCUGCCGCUGCUGCCGCCGCUGCCGCCAGCGAGGACACACACAGGUGCGCUUCGUGUAAUGCGGCUUUUCCGUCUCGAACGAGGCUGUUCCAGCAUAUCAAAGACCACGGGCAUGAGGCGCUAAAGGCUGCUCCUGCAGGGGGCGGAGGGAAGGGGAAGAAGGGAAAGGGAAAGCGGUAAUGUCCUGUUUGCACGGGCAUAGCGAUGGCGUCUUUUCAUUUGGUUCGGACAUAGAUGAUACCCAUGUUGUUCGCAAUGGAUAGAUUAUAGAACAUUGGCGUCGCGGGUAGAGGCAUAUCAUGUGACGUGCUCAUCAAACUGUCGAUUUGUCGGAUACACCUACUGCGAGUG